UCUGUCACUGGUUAAUUUGUCUGCACUUUCAAAUAUUGAUAAUCUCAAAGUUGGGGGAUUAGCUUGUUGCUCGUGAUUGACGAACAAAAGAAACACUGUUGAUAAUUAGUCUACUAUAAAUACUUAACAACAAAGAUCGAUUAUCCUUAGUUUUUCAGCUUUUUUCUUUUAGUUUUGCAAUGACAAUGAGGAAAGUUGACUUUAGUAGUUCAUAUUUCUUUGUGAUGACAACUCUUCUUGUUCUUAUUCUUCUAUUUAUUUCCACUGAGGCAGCAGCAACAGGCUUGUUCAUCUUCGGAGACUCCACAGUGGAUGCAGGAAACAACAACUAUAUUGAAACCAUUCCUGAGAACAGAGCCAAUUAUGAACCAUAUGCCCAGAAUGGUUUUUUCCAGGAACCCACUGGUCGCUUCUCCGAUGGUCGUAUCAUCGUUGAUUUCAUAGCUGAAUAUGCAAAGUUGCCAUUAAUUCCUCCUUACCUGCAACCACAUAUUGCUGAUUUCAGCAAUGGAGUUAACUUUGCUUCUGGAGGAGCUGGAGUUCUUUCUACUACUCAUCCUGGUUUGGUUAUUGAUCUGGAGAGACAAUUAAAGUACUUUGAACAAGUGCGGAAAUCACUAACAGAAAAGUUGGGAGUAGCCAAAGCAGAGGAAGUCAUAUCGGAAGCAGUUUACUUCAUCAGUAUAGGAAGUAACGAUUACAUGGGGGGUUACUUUGGUAACGAAACGAUGCAGCAACUCCACGGUCCUGAAGAAUAUUUAGGGAUGGUCGUUGGCAACUUGACUCAGGCAAUUCAAGAAUUGUAUGAGAAAGGCGCCAGAAAAUUUGGUUUCUUAAGCUUGUCGCCAUUGGGAUGCUUACCAGCUCUCAGAGCUCUAAAUCCAAGAGCUAAUAACGAUAAUGAAGAAGCGGGAGGAGGUUGUUUUGACGCUGCUUCUGAUCUUGCAUUGGCUCAUAACAAUGCUCUCUCAAUGGUCCUCACAAGCCUUCAACAUAUACUGCAAGGCUUUAAGUAUUGCAACUCCAACUUCUACGAUUGGCUUCUCGAUAGAGUUAACAAUCCCACAAAGUAUGGUUUUAAGGAAGGAGUGAAGGCUUGCUGUGGAACAGGACCUUAUGGAGGUGAAAAUACAUGUGGUGGGACGAAAGAAUAUGAGAUUUGCGAUAAUGCCAAAGACUACGUAUGGUUUGAUUCAUUUCACCCGACAGAAGGCAUACAUGAACAAUUUGCAAAAGCACUCUGGGAUGGACCAUCCUCCUCUGUUGGACCUUAUACUCUUCAAGACCUAUUUUUUGGUAAAGAGAAACAAACUAUAGCUGAUAUUGUCGAUAUAUAAUCCAGAGAACCAGCAGCUGCAGAAAUUUCCUAGUGUUAGAAGGAAAGAUGUGUUAGCAAUAAAGCCUUUUUAUUUCUAAGUCCAGACUUAUUUGUCCAAAAGUUCAGCUAAGUAAAUUUCAAGUCCAGACUUAUAAUACCUUUCUAAAAUUCUCCUUUUCUUUUUAAGAAAAUGAAUUUUAGUUGUCUUUGAUUCUUAUUUUGUUGACCUUUCGCAUUGCAAUAACCGAAGGCUAGCCCUUUCUCUCUA